CCUAAACUAGCUGACUUCUAUACUAAAUGAAGGCCAAAUGCCAUCGACAAAAAUAAAUUAAGUUGGUACACCUGGACUGGCCUACGCGCAUGCUCAUUACAGUGAUUAUACACCCAUUUUUUCAUCCGAUUCCGAAUUUCGUUUAUUUUUUUUCUAAUUUUAAACAGUUUUUUGUGUUACUUUCGUUGCAUUAAUACCGAGUAGAGCUACUGAAAACCAGUUAUUGAAUCCAAAAUAUAAAUAAAGGUAGAAUGUCGGCCGGAGACGAACCAGUAACAACUCCCGAUGACUUCGAACAUGAAAACGAAACGAACUACAAACCGCCCCCGGAGAAGUCCAUCGAGGAGAUCCUGCAGAUCGACCAAGAGGACGAGAGCCUCAGGAAAUACAAGGAGACCCUGCUGGGACAAGCCCAAACGGGCCCCAUUAUCGUCGAGCCCGACAAUCCCCGAAAGGUAAUCGUCAAGCGACUGGUCCUCGUGGUAGCCGACCGACCCGAAGUGGCCCUCGACCUAACCGGAGACCUGUCGAAGCUGAAAAAGGAGACCUUCACCAUCAAAGAGGGCGUUUCGUACAGAAUAAGAAUCGAGUUUAUCGUUCAAAGGGAAAUCGUACACGGGCUGAAAUACAUACAGAAGACCAGCAAAUUGGGACUACCCGUGGACAAAAUGACCCACAUGGUGGGUUCGUUCGCGCCCAAGACUGAAAUACAAUCGUACACCACCGCCGCUGAGGACGCCCCCUCGGGGCUGAUGGCCAGGGGCGGUUAUUCGGUGCAUUCUCUGUUCACCGACGACGAUAAAAACGAGCAUUUGAAGUGGGAAUGGUCGUUCGAAAUCAAGAAGGAUUGGAAAGACUGA